GCUAAAAUUAUUUCAUAAAUGCGCGCAAGUUGUUUGAUUCUGGAUUGAUUAUGCUUGUAAUUGAAGAUAUUUAGAACGCUAUUUGAAUUUUAAAGCUGUUACAGUGUUGAUGGCAUAUCAAGCUUCAUGUUGAUUUUGUUUUGAAGCAGUAAAAAUCCAAAAUGGAAGUGCAGUUUGGUCCAAAUGCUCAUGAUGAACCGAACCUUCUAUACAAACUACAACGUAAAAUCAAAGUGUUUGAUACAAGUGACCCACUGCCAAAUAGAGGAUAUAAUUUAGUGGCCAGUGCCAGCAAAUAUGGGGCAGUCUUUAUAGGUACACCGGAUGGAAAACUGGCAGUAUACCAUCUCAAGGACUUGGUAGACAAGGAAUGUGAACCGAACCACUUGCCGGUGCAGCUACAGGAGAAGCCAACGCACAUAGCUGUCAACAGCGACCACGAGUUGCUGGCUGUUACUGGAGGACGCCUGUUUGUUCUCUUCAAAGUUGUGGAUCUGCUUAAUCAGAAUGUCUCACCAUCCAUGGCCGUGCAGUUUGACGUGAGUCCGUCCACAUUCGUGUCAGAUGUCAAAUGGAACCCGUGCAUUCCUGACACCAUAGCUUAUGCUUUCUACGACGGAUCUAUUGUCAUAUGUCAGGCUGGACAGGGACAGGUUAAGAAGCUGCAGUCUAGUGCAAGGUGCCUCUGCUGGAGUCCAAAAGGCAAGCAGUUAGUAGUAGGCAACAACGACGGAACCAUCUGCCAAUACAAGCCGGACUUGUCAUUAAUGAAAUCGUUCCCGGCUCCGAACCUCUUCCAGAACUGUCCGGUCGAAGUGCUGGCUAUAUACUGGAUAUCAACCUUCCAGUUCGCUGUGGUGUAUAAAAAUGCGACGGAUAAUAGCAAACCAGCUGUAGCAAUCGUGAACACCCCUAAAGGCGGGCAGCCAUCGUGUUUAAACUACGAAGAUGUGUGCUACAGUAUGGGCUCCAGUAGACCCUGGUAUUAUUACCUACAGGGGCUCGCUCAAUGGAACGUGAUUUUAUGUUCGUCCUCAAACAGUAUGGAAAUCGCCACGCUUGGGACUACAGAUGGCGCUAGUUGGCUCCAAUGGUGUCAGUCAGAUGAAGCCAGACCCGAGUUACCUCUAACGGACAAGAAACAAGAAAACUACCCUAUAGGGGUUACUAUUGAUACAGCCGCUAUCCACCAACUACCCUGGGGUGAGAACGAGAAACUGCCAUUCAUGCCGACGCUACACGUACUAUCUCAGACAGGUUUGCUGACGGUAUUCAACGUCAUCAAUCUGAAUAAAGAAGCUCCUCAGAUCUGCUCACCGGUUACUGUAGUCAGUACCACACCGUUCCCCGCACAAGCCCAGCCCGUCCCUGCACCUCCAGCGAUCGCCGUACCGCUGCCUAAACCGGCGCCCGCGCAGCCGGCCGCGGCCCCGUUCGCGGUGUCGGCCGCCCCGGCCUUUGCUCCUGUGCCAAGUCAACCACAGCCAUUGCCGCAGACAGUCGUGCAGCCUCCAAAACCAGUCGAAGUACAAGCGCCGCCGGCCCCAGUGCAAGUCCAACCAAAAGCGCCCAUCCAAAAGGACCCCACUCCAGAAAUAAACGCCGCCCUAAAAGCGGAGCAGGAACUCGCCAACAAGCAGAAAGCAGACUCGGAAUUCAGAAACAUGCUCGUCCGGGAAGCCAACGAGUUUCAGGCCGAGUUGUACGAAUUUGUCACUAACACGAGGAAGGCACAGAUACAGUUCUACCGCGACCUCCACGCGAUAGACACAAACCCAGACCUCCAGAACCUAGACGCCGCAACGCUGAAGAAAGACUGCUCCGUCGAAGACCUGCGCAGUGCCAUUAUCGCGCUGAAACUGGAUCUAGUUCGCGCUUGCGCAGUGGUCGCUGAAGCUAGGACUCAAUCUGACGCAAAGGACCUCGACCAAUGGACUCAAGCAGACCCUCUAACCACAAAAAGAGUUGCGUCUGUAAAGAAACUGGCCUAUUACGUACAAAACCAAUUGGAACAAGCACACAGCUCGCUCAACUAUAAGUGGAACAAACUUGCCGAGGAAGAAAUAAAGUCCAAUAAAAAAGGCCCCCGCAUGAUCCGGCCAAUAAUGGACGACGUGUACCAACCACUAGUCAAGCAACAAGAAAUACUGAGUCGGCAAGAAGCUGUGCUCAAGAUGCUCAAAAAUACGCUCAAUGAGUGUGACGGGCCGGUGUAUAAAUCUACGCCUAUUUUGAGGAGCACGCCUUUUAAAAAAGACCCGCUCUCCAAGCUGACCAAAAACAUUCUAAACAUGAGUUUGGAGCCGCAGAAAUCCGAAAGCAAGAAUCUACUGACCCCGCAAAAGCUGGACGCUUUGAGAGACAUGUUGUCUAACCACAAAACUGUGAAGAUCAAGCCAGUUAAUGUCGAAAUGAGGCAUCAUUUGACUACAAUGAGAAUAAGCUAUGAGAAGAGUUUGAGAGAAGAGAAGGCGAGACAAGUGAAAAUUGAACCAACACCAGUAAAAAUGCAAGUGAAGCAAGAAGUAAAGCCAGUAAUUAAGCAAGAACCGAAGCCAAUGAAGGAACCGCCGAAGCCAGUGUUCGCCCCUAUAGCCGUGACGCCAGCUUCUGCUACUAAUAAGUCUUGGUUCACUGAAGUACCGAAAAAAGAACCACCAAGCCCCGCCACGCAGCCCCAAGAGAUCAGCUUCACUAUAACUAACACUCCGAACGCAUCUCGUAGCGUUCUCAAAAACCUGCUCGAAAACAAGCAGGUUACAGUCGAAGUGAAAAAAGAUGAAAACACUAUGGACAGCUUUAUGGGACAGAAGAUUUGUUCGCCUUCCAAUUUCAACUUUUCAUCAGUGAUAGUCGCAUCACCCACUGCAUCGUCCUUUACAACCAAACCCAUAUCAGCUCUCAACAACAUGCUCAACCAAUUCGCACCAGCAGAAAAUAAAACCAUAGAAACCGAACCACCCAAAGAAAAGAUGUCAAAUCUAUUUACCAUAUCCAAAGCUAAUGUCCCAGAUGUCUUAGGCAGUUCGAAUAUGGUUACAAUCAAAAGAGUUGAACCCAAAGCGGAGAAAUCGAAAGAAAAUACGCCAGAAAAGACUGAGAAUGUUAUUUUGAAUAUUCCUAAAGUUAAAGAUGAUAAGAAGGAGAAUGAGAAACCAUUUGGUGUCCAGAGUACGAAUAAAUCUGUGUUUGGAUCUGUUGCCCAGCCCGUCGCAGUUACUGCUCUCACCAGUAAAACAGGUGAUUCACAAAAACCAGACGAAGUGAAACCUAAACUAGAAACAAAAACGCCUAAAGAUGUCCAAAAAUCUACAGCAGCGCCUGCAUCCUCGGCGUCUAUAUUUGCCACUGCUAAUGCUACCAUAACAGUACCAAAACCAAAAUCAGCUCUUGGAUCCCCCACAACAACUUCAGCUACAUCAUCAUUCCAAUCUAUAUCUAAACCUGAUUCUACAAGUAUAUUUGCAUCAGCUAACACAACCCCGAAAACACAGUCAAGCUCAAUAUUUGGUGCAAGUUCAACACCUUCCAGUGUCUUUGGCGCUAAGCCUUCUAUAUUUGGCACUGCGGCCACAGCAACUUCUUCAGAAAGUGCAGUAAAACCCACUGAAAGCACAACAGCAUCUACGUUUGGGACAGCGAAAUCAGUAUUCGGUUCCGCAUUUACUGCCACUAUUGCUUCUGUUACUGUUCCGUCUACUAAAACAUCCGAAACUUCCACACCUACAAGUACUCCAAGUAGUCCUGAAAGUGUUUCAACACCAGUUACUACAUCGUCAAUAUUCGGUGCAGUAACAUCAACAACAAAACCUUCAGUAUUUGGCGGUGUAUCUGCAUUCAGUUCUUCCACCCCUUCUUCUGUCUUCGGAAGUGGAUCUGCGAAAUCUGCUUUCGGAACAUCUUCAGUUAGCACUACAACUGGUUCUACUACUACAACAUCUGCACCAUCUACUUCAGUAUUUGGAACUACAACACCUGUGUCUGCAAUUGGAACUCAAGCCCAAAGCACAGCUACAUCUGUAUUUGGAACUGCAACAACCACUAAAGCAGCAGACGCUGUAACAACAUCAGCAUCUAUAUUUGAAAAUACUGCUACAACAUCUGCUUCUGUAUUUGGAAGUGCUACCACAACUUCAACUUCUGUAUUUGGAAGUACCACCACAGCUGCAAUACCUUCUUCUGCUUCGGUAUUCGGAAAUACUACUACUACUACUACUCCAUCCUCUGUAUUCGGAAGUACUGCCACAACUCCCGCUUCUGUAUUUGCUAGUACAGCCACGACUGCAGCUUCCGUAUUCGGAAGUGCUACAACUACUACUCCAGCCUCUGUAUUCGGAAGUACUACCACUACUCCAGCCUCUGUAUUCGGAAAUACUACUACAACUCCCGCUUCCGUGUUCGAAAGUACUGCCACAACUCCCUCUUCUGUAUUCGGAAGUACUACCACUACCUCAGCUUCGUUUGGAAGCCCUGCAACUUCCACAUCAGUAUUCGGAAGCACAGCAACCACACCAUCGUCCGUAUUCGGAACUGCAGCUAAAUCUGCAUUCGGCAGUCCUGCUACCACAUCCGCGCCUUCAUCAACUCCAUCCGUAUUCUCAGGAGCGACUCAGAAUCAGUCCGUUUUCGGAACACCAUCCACUCAAGCUUCAGUAUUUGGAUCGCCAACAACACAGACGUCCGUAUUCGGAAGCCCUGCUACUUUUGGAAAUACGGCAACAACUCAAUCCGCAUUCGGGACUACCCAAUCUGUCUUUGGUAGUCCGCAGACGACUCAAGCUUCAGUAUUUGGCAGUACUUUUGGUUCAUCUAACCAGUCUGUGUUUGGAAGUCCGACGUCACCAGUUUUCGGAGCUCAAACUCAAGCUUCAGUUUUUGGCACCCCCACUCAAACGACUCAAUCUUCAGUAUUUGGUACCCCUACACAGACAACUCAAGCGUCAGUCUUUGGUACCCCUACACAGACGACUCAAGCGUCUGUCUUCGGUACCCCUACUACGCAAUCGUUUGGCGGUCAGAGCGUAUUUGGAAGUCCGGCUACAACGACGCAAAGCUCGAUGUUUGGUGGAGAAUCGCUGUUCGCUUCGGUUAAUAUCUCAACGACUACGCCUUCGAGCGGUGGCAGCAUAUUUGGAGGGUCCACCGCGUCUCCAGGGUUCGGCAGCAGCAAUACCAACGUCUUCGGAGGCAAAACCACUUUCGGCCAACCCAACCCCGCGGCCGAAGCCAUUUUCGGCGGCGGCGGUGGCGGCUUCGGACAAACGCAGCAGUCUAAUAGCUUCUGGGGGAGCAAUAAUAACAGUAGCGGUGGAUUUGGCUCUAGUGGCUUUGGUCAACAAGCCACAACCCAGUCUUCAUCCGUGUUCGGGACAGGCAGUUUCAGUGCUCCGUCGCCGCCGGGGCAAGCAUUCGGCUCGCCCACAUCUUCUACAGGUGGAUUCGGUAGUGGAUUUGGUUCUAAAGCUGUCUUCGGUCAACCAGCUGGUUUCGGUUCCCCAACGAGCUCCGGAUUCGGCGCGCCGGCAGCAUUCGGCGGUUUCAGUAAAAGUCCGGGCGGUUUUGGGUCAUCGCCGUCCUUUGGAAGCGCGCCGGCAUUUGGGGGAUCGGCGUUCGGCGGCAGUUCGCCCGGUGGCAGCGUGUUCGGAAGCGCUGCCCCUGCUACAGGUUUCGGCUCCCCGACCCAAUCCAACGCAACGUUCGAGAGCCUAGCCACACAAAACACACUGACAUUUGGAAACUUGGCACAACAGAGCGCACCCGCGCAACCAGCACCCAGUUUUAAUACGUCACCAUCAUUCACGGGCUGGCGCGGCUGAUGACAGCUGCACAGAGGUAGAAAUGUGCGCUUAAAACAGCUCCUGUAACUCAAACGAGAACUACUGUUAUAGUACUAUGGUUGAACAUUCCCGAAGGUUGCCACGAAUGGACGCGCCACGUUGCGGAAUUUGAAUAGAACUAUUUUUUUUAACCCCCGACGCAAAAACGACGGGGUGUUAUAAGUUUGACGUAUCUGUCUCUGUGUGUGUAUGUCUGUGGCAUCGUAGCUCCCGAACGGAUGAACCGAUUUAGAU